UCUACUUGAUAUUGACGAUCGAUCUCUGGAAGUGGAUGUGCUGUUUUAUUCGCUCUCCACUCUUUGACUAGUAUAAAAUGAUCGGAUAUUCUCACACGAGGCACAUUUGGCUUGGGGAUUAGUUAAAAAAAUACAUCUAUAUAUAAUUCAGCGAUGAACAUUAAGGUUUAGAAUAAUAUUUCAAAUUGUAUGUGUAAAAGGAUUUAACACUAAAAGGGAUAUUUUGUCUUCGAUUUCAACGAAGAUUUGCGGAGAUUUGGAAAUAUGUUAGAUUUGAGAUUGCUUGCUCAAUACUUCACUAUGGCUGCUGUUAUUAUCAGCCUGACUAUCAUACUUCAAGUGUCUUAUAAAGUAUCAGCAUACCAGGGAUUAGAGGAGCUAAAUGCUUUGGAAGCUCUGGAAGAAUCAAUGAUAAACAAUGGCGUGCUACAACAUCAGAACAGUGUAGAAGACAGCGACUUUUUACCUACAGACAAAAGGUACGCCAGACUAUCGUAUUACUAUGGAAACCGUGGCAGAGGAAGAAGUAACCGAUAUAAUCAGAACAGAAGCCGACGUUUCCGAUAUUAUCGUUCCAGAUAUUACAAGAACUACUACACACCGUGGAAGAACCUCCCAGACAAUGAGUGCUUUAGACAGAAAUGUCAGACGGACAAAGAUUGCUGCCGAAGAUAUUCAAAAUGUGACGUGAGCGCCAAUAUUUGUUACAACUGUUGGUUCGGGCAUCCAUGUAAGACCUCGCGGGAUUGCUGUGAAAGGUACCCGUACUGUAAUAAAAGCACAUACGGGGGCCGAUGCCAGAAUUGAUUGUUAUUCUGAAAUACGAUUCUAUACAUUGAAACAAAAUUAAAUGAUUUAUUUAUGAAAAAUGGUGCUUUUACUCUCUACCAUUACCGUGUAUGAUUACAUGUCAUGUAAUUGCAAACAUAUUAGAAACAAUAAAUGUUAGUUUUGUUAUAUUUGAAGUAACCAUUAAUGAAAUUUUCAUAAAAAAGCUUCGUUGGAUGUUAUGCUCAUUUCAAAAUAUAAUACUUUGCGGUAAAACUGAUCGUGUGCAUUAAUUGAUGAAAUAAUUUGAUCAUCAUAUUGUUUGACUGUUCCAAUUCAAUCAACCAAAGUGCGCUCUUUGUCAAUAUAUUAUACUGUAGCCCGUAGCAACAAUUGGAGACUCUUUUAUCACGUUAACAGUAGACAAACUUUGCGACAUGCAAACUGACUUUUUAUACACAUAGAAGAAAAUAAAUAUUUAGCAAGCUUGGAUUGUGUAAUGAAACAUUGUUUCGAACUUUCAAAACGGUUCCUUUGUUUUAUCUUAUACGUUUGUGUAGAGCUUAAAAAACAAAACUUGCAAGUAACUUAAAUGGCUCCUGCAUUAAAGAAAUACCAAGGCAGAUGUUAUCCUUAGAUUGCAACAAGUGAUACUCAUUUCAAAUUCUAUAAUAGAAAUAAGGUCAGUAAAAAGGAUACAUUCUGUGAAUUUAGUUUUUUGAUUGAUGUACUUACAAAUUGCUUCAACGUUAACUGUAAACAACAGUUGUUUUUUUUAGUCUGUAUGUUGGGUAUGUCAGUGCUUUUCUUUUUCCAUAGAAACAAAAAAUGUCAAACAAUUUCAUUGCGGUCGUAUGAAUAAUGCUUUUCAAAAUGUCUUAUAUUAAGACUUUUGACUGUUAUAAUAUUCACGUUUAAUGUGUAACUUUCAGUUUCUUAGUGAUCGUAUGCAAUAUUUACAAUCGAAUCAGUGGAUAAAAAAUACAUGACAGGCCUUUAUCUUACGGGGCACUUUCCUUUAGUUUGGGGAAACAACAUGGACAAUUUGCAAAAGGGGGAGAUAUAAAAUGUUAACUGAGUUCUAUGGGAAACUGUAAAAUUUUAAUAGUUUGUCCGUACUGGAUGAGACCUAUAAACGGUUCAUGAAUGGUAUGAAGACUGUUUAAGAUUAAGUAAAUGAUUAUACUACCCAGACAUAAGAUUCUUAUCAUCACGGUUGGCUUUAUUUUAACAAGUGGUCGUAAAUGUUUGAUGAUGAUAUUUAUAAAAAAAGAUUAUUAAAGUUUAAAUAUUUUAUAUUGCUUCAACGAACAAGUGUGUCCAUCUAUUGUAUUUUUGUCCUUACGUUAUUAUAACAAAACAGUUCAAUAAAUACUCAACAAAG